AAGGGGAGGGAGGAACGGAGGAGAGGCGGGACCUGGGCGUGCCGCUGAGUCGUGCGUACGCGGCGGCGGCGGCGCGCUACGCCUGCGCUCGCGCAUGCGCCGUGUGCGAUAUCGCGUCCUCCCGGGAGCGGCAGUAGCGGCGGAGAAGCCGGAGAGGGGGCUCAGGAGCCCAAGCGGGGCCGAGGCCCGGGCAGGAGCGGAUCGGGCCGGGGCCAUGGCCGAGGCGUCUCCACAGCCCGAGUCCGGCCCGUCCGCCCGCAGGCGGCAUGAGGGAAGAGGCCGAGGGAGCCGGGGCCGAGCCCGGCGACUUCGUGCAACUGAAGGUACCCAUCGUGCAGCAGCUGUACCACUGGGACUGCGGGCUGGCCUGCUCCCGGAUGGUGCUCAGGUACUUGAAGCUCCUGGAGGACGAUGCGGCGUUUGAGCAGGCGCUGCAGGAGCUGCAGCUCACCCGGAGCAUCUGGACUAUCGACCUGGCCUACCUGAUGCGCCACUUCGGGGCCCGCCACCGCUUCUGCACGCGGACACUGGGCGUGGACAAGGGCUACCGGAACCAGUCCUUCUACAGGAGACACUUUGACGCCGAGGAGAGCCGGGUGAACCAGCUGUUCGCACGGGCCGCGUCCUGCAAGGUGCUGGUGGAGAAGUGCACGGUGACCGUCCGGGACAUCCAGGAGCACCUGGCCCAGGGACACGUGGCCAUCGUCCUGGUCAACGCGGUCCUGCUCCUGUGUGACCUGUGCUCCAGCCCCGUCAAGUACUGCUGCUUCCUCCCCAUCGGCCAGAAGUGCUUCUGCAGGGGCCCCGACUACCAGGGCCACUUCAUCGUGCUGUGCGGCUACAACCGGGCCUCCGAGAGCAUCUUCUACAACAACCCGGCCUACGCAGACCGCAUGUGCAGCACCAGCGUGACCAACUUUGAGGAAGCCAGGACCAGUUACGGUACGGACGAGGACAUCCUCUUUGUGUACUCCGACAGCUGACCUCGGGCCCGGCCGCCCCCUCCCGGCUGCUGCUGCGCCCUCAGACGCCAGGUGGACGGGGAGCUUCGCGCCUGCACCCCCAGCCGACCUCAGUGGCCAGCCCGGCCCUCCGCCCUCCUCUCCCCCAGUCCGUUGGGUACUGGGGGAGAAGCCCAAGCAGGCGGGGCAUCAUCCUGGCCACCUGGCGCGGCACGUGGGCGGGUUCUGUCAGGAGAGGAGGGCCCGGCCCCCAGCCUUUGGUGGGGACGGCCACGUUCUGCCGUCUUUGCCUUGUUUCCAUCAGGGAGGAGGUCCUCGGGACCCCCGCUCCACCGUGCCUGGUCUUGGGGCCGCCUCCAGGAGAGGCUGCCCUUCCCCCUCCCCAGUACACACACUGGAAGUCUUGAGACAGAGGCCACCCGGCCGCCCAAACCAGCAAAUGGAGAAGGGAGAGGGGAGACCGCUGCCCCAGGUUUCCCCACUGCUGCAGUGGCCCCCGCUCCUCCGGUGUCCCCGGCUAGGGCCCCUUGGAGGGCCUGACAAACCUCUGUAGGAGAUAGAGACGGGCAGCCUUUCCCUCCCGCUGGCGGCUUCGGGGCCUCCUUGCCCAGAGGGGACUCGGGUUGCUGAUGCAGACGGGAAAGCCGAGCUCUGACGGGCCCCUUCAGGGAGUUGUGCCCCCGGCCCCCCUCAGUCGCGCCCCCAGGGCAUCUGCCUUUUUCCUCGCCUGGGUCCUUGCCGAGCUGCAGAGGCCUUUGUUGCCAGGAUGUGGCCAAGAAGCCAGUGAGGCUGCUGUCCCCCGCCAUGGCAUCCCAACAUGGUAGCUCCCGGGGACCAGGGGCACAGCUCGGGGGGUGCUGGGCCUCCACCACCACAGCCUGGGCUGCGGGCAGCAGCUGCCCAUCAGGGAAUGUGGGCAUGGGGGGCCAGGCAAGGCUGAAGCUCCAGAGCAUCCAGGCGGUCGCUUCUCGGCCCCCAGACACCACUGGGCCCACGGGUUCGCUCUUCCUGGUCCCGGGCCAGCCGAGCGGCGAUCUCCCUGUUGGAGGUCUCAAUGCUGGUCAGUGGGACAAAGGGGGAGCCUCUCCCCAGCCGCGAGCAGGGCGGUGGGCCGCAGGAGGGUUCCUCAGGCUGGGCAGGGCACCCCCCUCGUGGGUACGGGGACAGAACAGGAGACAGCUGAUCGAGGUGGGCUGAGGGAGACGAGCUCGGAGCCGGCCAGGUGGAGGCUGGGAGUCCUGCCAGGGAAAUGGUGGCCGGGGCCUGGAGCAAGCUGCCCACGGGGGUGCCUUUGUCCUGCCCUCCAGAGCUGGGGGCCUGGAGAGAUCUGGAAGCCUGCGGGUGGGCGACCCUGGAGCCCUCGGGCCUUGUUGGAGCUGCCUCUGCCCCGGCCGUUUGCUGCUCGCCCCGGUUUUGCUUCCUCCGACCACAGGAAAGGGAUAUUUUACAUGCAGAGAAAUUUUAUACAUAAAUAUAUUUUGUUUGUAAUGAGCCACUCAAUAAAAACCACUGAUCUCUAUUAAAGCAAA